AUGCCGUUCGUCCCCUUUGUAGGAGUUAACAACCACCGUUGCACCACAGUGUUUGGUUGUGCCAUCAUUGCUGACGAGACGGAAGGGACAUACGUGUGGCUGCUGCAGACAUUUAUGAAGGCAAACUGUCAGGUGAAGCCAAAGUCAAUAAUCACAGACGGUGACGCUGCAAUGAUCCAGGCUAUUCGGACUGUCCUUUCAGAUGUUUUCCAUCGUCUUUGCUCGUGGCAUAUCGAGAAAAAUAUGCAGAGGCACCUACAUUACAAGUCACUGGAUGAGUUCAGAUCGCUCCUGUACUAUGCCACCUCCCAAGCGAACUUUGAGCAGAGAUGGAAAGCUUUCUAUGAUAAGUGGAAGACGGAUAGAACUGAAGAGUGGCUUGACAGGAUGUACAGGAAGAGGAGACUGUGGGCAGCUUCAUAUCUUUCCGAUGGUUUUUUUCUUGGUAUGCGAAGUAACCAGAGGAGUGAAAGCCUCAACUCCUGCCUUCACCUUCACCUGGACUACGGUAUGACAAUUGUUGAUUUGGUGGUGCAUUAUGAGAACUGUAUAGUCCACCUGCGUGAGAACGAGGCGUACGAUGACUGCGAGGCAUUCCAGAAGGAACCACCGUCUGUUACUGGAUAUAAAGCCCUUGAGGAGCAUGCCACCAAAGUAUUCACACCUGCUAAUUUCUACAUCUUGCAAGAUGAUUUGCAUAAGAUGGGUCAGCUGGAGAUAUUUGAGACGGUCGUGGGAAUUGGGCGUCAGACAUUCAUGGUGACAUGGAAGGAUAACCACAAGUUUAGGAACUGGGCGUAG